AUGAUAGAAGAUCAAAAUAGUUUUAAUAAGAUUAUUAUAAAUUGUUCUAUAAAGAAUGAUGAAAAUGAUGAAAAUGAUGAAAAUGAUGAAAAUGAUGAAAAUGAUGAUUAUUCAAAAAAACCUUUACUAAAUAACCAAAGGGGGAAUUAUUCAACAUAUUUGGAUAUACAAAAUGUAAAAGAUGAAAAAAUAAGAAAGUUAAAACUGUGCACAAUACUUAGUUUUUCCUGCCCUAUGAUUGGUGUGGGUGGAAUGAAUUUAAUAUCAACUAUUUAUACUUCCUACUUUUAUACUAAUAUUGUGGGUUUGAGAAAUAUUCAUUUAACAUUAAUGUUCCUUUAUGCAUUUAUUGAGAUCUUUUUUAGUUACAUCAGUCAUAAAUUUAAAAGUAAAUGUUUUAAAACAUAUGGAAAGAGGACGUCUUUUUUAUUAUUCUCUGCUAUAAUUCAAGCAAUAUCUUUCUUUUUAUUUUUGAAUCCUCCUCUUAAGUUCAAUUCCAUUUGGCACUUAAAAUUAUGGUCUUAUUUUUGGUCCAUCAUAUUUGGUAUCUCAUGGGGGUGUAGUGAGGUUGCUUACCACUCGCUAGCUUCACAAUUAACAUAUGACUACGACGAAAGAACACGAUUACAACUGUUCACUUGGUAUAUUUCUGUAGUAGGGUCCAUGUCGUGCAGCUUAUUGAACGGAUUAUUAGGCUCCUUUUCAGAAGGAUAUACAUAUAAAGAGAAAAAAAAAAAUAUGUUCAUUAUAACAUUUAUAUAUAGCAUAUUAUAUUUAUGUGGAAUAUUCAUAACAGUGUUAGUAUUAAUUAAUAAAGAUUAUAAAAGCAAGGAAGAUUUUGUACAGCUGUCUUAUGCAAAUAAUUAUAAAAUGAUUAAGAAUAUGUUUAAUAAUAGACCAUUCAUAUUAUUAGUAAUUUGUUAUUCAUUUACAUUAUUAUGUGGUGCUGUGUGUUGUAUGUUAUUACCAUAUUUCUGUAGAUACAUAAUAGAGUCUAAUUUUUUAAUAAACUGGAGUCCCUUAUUUUUUACCACAUCGAUGAUUAUUGGUAUACCUUUUUGGAUAUAUAUAAAUAAAAUAUUGUCAAUUAAUGAAAAGAAAUAUAAAUAUAUUUUAUCAUCAGGUUUAUUAUGUAUAUCAUUAACUACUUGUUCUUUGGUAGUUCAUAAAAAUGAUGAUGUGUUGUUUCUUUUUUUUUGUAUAAUUGGAGGGGUAACAACAGGAAGCUUUUUUUCCAUAUCAGAAUCUAUGAAAGGAGAUGUCAUAGAUUAUAAUGAAUUUUUAUAUGGGAUAAGAAAUUAUACUACAUAUGCAGGAAUUUUUAUGUGUAUAUCAAAUAUAAUUGCUGGUAUAGGAUUAAAAUUAUCAUUAUAUUAUAUAAAUAUAUUUAAUGAUAUAAACUCAAGAAAUGGAUAUAAUAAGAAACAAUUUGUAAGGGCCAUACGAUCAUCCUUAUGUACAUUUAUAUGUCUCACCUUUUUUGUAAUAUUGAUAACUAUGUUUUUUUACCCUAUUGACAAAUUCAACCAUAAGAAAAUAUUGCAUGGAAUUAGAAUGAGAAAAACAGGACAAUGCGUUGAAGAUCCAUUAAACCCAGGAAAAAUAUUAUUACCAUUUUGUAAAUUAAAUAAUAGCACUUUUAUAUGA